AUGAGUACGAGUGGUCCGCUCGUUUCUACCGCCAAUAGCUCAAAUGCUCAACAACAAUCUCAACCACCACCAAAAGUUCUUAGCUGCACAAACUGUAGAAGACGUAAGAUAAGAUGCAACAAAACAACAAACCCUUGUCUCCCGUGUCAGGCAUCUGGUACGGAAUGUAUUUUCCCUACCCGCGUCCGCAAUCCUCGGCCGAGACAGAGUAAUCCAAAGUCUCGUGAUGCUGAGCUGUUGAAGAGGAUCUCUCACCUCGAAAGUUUGGUGAGCAGAAUUGAUGCCACAAAACUCACCGGUGAUGCCAGUCCGACAGAAGAUAAUAGCCGAUCAAAUGAACCAUCACCAGCAACGCGGACUCAUCGUUCUUUCACAUCCCCAAGUAAUCACCCCAAGCUUCAGGAGACUGGCUUAAUACCGGGUCGUAUGGAUCAUCAAUUUGCUUCAUUCAUAAAGCGUCAGGAGACCGACUCAAUUUAUACUCAUGACGGCUUUUGGACGAGAUUAAGUGAAGAAAUCGACGGAUUGAAGCAGCUCAUCGAAAACCCGAGCGACGACGAAGAAGAGGCUUCUGUAUCAACUGCAACAUCGCCCGCAUCCAAGUAUGAUUCCCCUUCGCUGUUUUUCUUUGAUUCCAGGGUCACUUCUUCCAACAUAUCAAUGUCGUAUCCGUCCGACCGUCAUCGCGAUAUUUUAUUUGGAUUUUAUUUCAAAAAUGUUCAUCCUUUAAUAACUAUAAUGCAUGAACCAACGGCAUACCUCACGACACAUUCAGAUUCCGGACUAAUUGACCGAGAUACUGGUCGACACAAGUUCAAAAGUCUUCAGGCUAUCACGUGCUCUUUUUGCUUUGCCGCAGUAACGAGCAUGACAAAUGAAGAAUGCCUCGAGCAGCUUGACGAAGAAAAGGACAUCUUAGUGGCACGGUACAAAACGUUGACGGAGAUUGCUCUUCAGGAAUCGGAUUUUUUAAAUAGUGUGGAAAUCGUUACUUUCCAAGCUUUGUUAGUUUAUAUUGCGGCCAUGCGCUCUCAUGAUCGAAGUCGAACUACCUGGACAUUUAUUGGUCUGGCAGUUCGCAUUGCUCGUGCUCUUGGGCUUCACAGAGACCCUACCGGCGAACCUUUCGAUGUACAGAUGCGAAGAAGAUCAUGGUGGACGUUGCUCGUACUCGAUACUAGAGCUUCUGAAGAUCGAGGUAGUGAAACAAUGAUCACGGACGGCUCUUUUGACACGAAAAUGCCUGCCAACGUAAACGAUGAGGAGUUCGGGACGGCUUCUAAAUCUCCUGUGGUGGAUAGGAUAGGACUUACCAGCAUGGCUUUUCCUUGCAUUACAAUGACAGUCAGUGCAAUUGGAUUGAAGAUGAAUUUCGUGUCUACCCAAAAGGAUGCGCCGGUCUGGACCACGGAACAGAAAGAACAGAUGAUCAAGGGAUUUACUGAUAAGGUUGAAUCAACCUAUCUUGCAGGUUGUGAUCCCGCAGAUCCUAAAUCCUGGUGGGUUUGUCGCAUAGCACGACUUUUAUCACUCAAAUUAUGGUUGUCUACACAAUAUCCGCUUCAGCGUAGAAAAUCGACGUAUCGAGUACUUCCUCGAGGACAAUCUCUGCGCACUGCCAUAGCAUAUCUAAACUUGAAUGAAGAGUUGCAGCAACAUGAGGGUUGUGAAGGGUGGUUUUGGCUUUUCAAAACCUAUGUCCCAUGGCAUGCGAUCGCUGUGGCUCUAGCUGAGCUUUGUGCUGAACCGACUGGUCCUCUUGCUGACGAAGCGUGGGGAGUUAUUGAACAUCAUUAUAAUAAAUGGAGUGAAUAUGUCGCGGAUACAAAGGAUGGAAUGAUUUGGCGACCAGUUAAGAAUUUACUAAAACGAGCCAAAGCAGAAAGGAGGCGAGAAAGGGCCUUCAGUGGAUCGCAAGCAUCGGGAGCCACCCCGACACUUUCCGAAACUAAUAUUUACAGUCCACCUUCCGGAUUGGGUCCCGAAUUCUCCUCAGUCAUUCCAGAAAAUAACAAUUACCAUCAGCCAUCAACGAUUGAACAAGCUGGCCCAAGUGGACAUAACCCAUACGGUCCAAUGGGCUUCGAUCUUCCCAUACCUAUGGCUCCUACCGCCAUGGAUGCGAAUAUGGUAUCACCAUUAAAUAUUCCGGACGCUUAUACAAAUGCACAUUGGAAUGAAUUCAUUUUCGGAUUAGCAGCCGUUGGUGCGGACGUACAUCAAAAUCCAGAGAUGUGGAGUGCAUAUCAAGAUUACUUUACUGGCUCUUGA